GCCUACUCGGCAAGAUGGAUUCGUAGGAUAUUAUCAAUAAACUAAAAGUUCAGUGACGUAGGCGAACUCCAUCUAGAUUUGAGCUGAUACAGUAUUCGUCAUGCCUGUAUAGCAGAGCGAGACUAGGUGCUGCUUUUCCGAUGGCGGUGACAGCGGCGGCGUCGUCAACAUUGAAAUCUUACCAAGUAAUGUGAUGGCUACUAUUCAACACGUCAACACCAUGCAGUCUGGAGGCUGAGAACUACUUUAUUCUGAUAUCUUUCUUGAGGAAAGAGGCUUCCAAGAGAACCACCAUCUUCAUUUAAAAAUAUACCCUUUCCCAGUAUGGAUUACAGCAAGGCGGUAGAAGCAGCCAUUGCACAGGGUGCUGAAUACAAUCAGGCCAUGAAUGCCCGUGAGAAUGGAUUCAUACUGCCAUCAGACCAGCAAGGAGGUCCUCAAACUGCUCCUCCGGCAGUACCCAACAUCCACAACAAGAUGCCUUCCAUGCCCCAGGCUGCCUACACAGAUCAAAGAGAACCAACACCGAACCCCAACCACCAAGGCACCAUGGAACCUAAUCACCAGACAGCCAUGGAUCCUAACCAUCAGGGCACCUUGGACUCCAAUCAUCAAGCUGGCAUGGACACUAACCAACAAGGGACCAUGGACCCCAAUCAUCAGGGCACCAUUGACCACAACCAUCAGGUUGCUAUGGAGUCUAGUCAUCAGGCAGCCAUGGACCCUAACCACCGUGGCACAAUAGACCCAAACACUGCAACUGGGAUGGAACCUAAUCCCAAUAUGAACCCCAGCAUGGACUCUAACACUAAUGUUCCAAUGGAGGCAGAUUCCAACUUGAAUAGCAGCAUGGAGACUUCCACAGAGCAGAAGCACAUUGCAGAGACAAGUAUGGAAGAAGGCACCAUGAUGCCAUCCUACGAUGAAGGGGACGAUGAUGAAAUUGGUAACACUGCAAAUCUCUUUGACACCAAGAGUUCUAACCCCAUCUUGGUGAGGGGUAGUUGGCAGUGGAUGUGUAAUCAGUGUCCAAAGAGUUACACUAGUAAAAGUAAUCUCAUUGCCCAUCUUUUGGAUCAUUGUGGGAUCAAGCCACACAUGUGUUUGGCAUGUGGAAAGAGCUUUAAGCAGGUUGCCCACCUCAACACUCACAGAGUAAUCCAUACAGGCAGAAGAAAGCACAUAUGUCCAAUCUGUGGGAGGGGAUUCAAUCAGAGAGUCCACCUGAAGCGACACAUGGUAACCCACAAUAUCAACGUCGCUUGCACAUGUGAGCUGUGUGGACGCAAGUUUGCCUUCCCUUCAGAGCUGCAAUUUCACCACAAGAAGGUACAUAGGAAGCGAAGCGGCCCUCCCAAGAAGGUCAAUCGAAGUCCUUCAAGUGAUGGUGACAAUCUACAACACUUUAAUGCUUCUGCAACCAUGCACCCUAUGAUUGCCUCUCAAAAUCAAAUGCCUCCUAUUGGUGGUGUCAAACGACAGGGCAAGUAUGCAAAUAUUCCUGAAGGAACGCAGUAUAUGCCAUCUGGCAGGAGACGUACAAAAGCCAUGAAAGCACAAGCGCUCGCUCAAAUGCAAGCUGCUCAGAUGCAAGCUGCUUAUGGUAAAAUGCCUGUAGGACCAGUGAGGAGACCAUCAAAUGAUCACAUGCCUAUAUCUCCAGGGCAUCUACCAGUUGGAGGAGACCACAUGCCACAUUCAUCAAAUCACAUGUUGCAGAGAAAUGACCGUACCCCACCAAGACAUCCCCAGCUGUCUCCUAGAAAUGAUAGAAUGUCUCCAAGAAGUGAUCCAAAUGCUGAAGGAGGUGAUCAAAUGUAUCAGAAAAACGAUCGGACUCCACCCAGAUGUGAUCAGGUGCCCCAGAGGCAGGACAGUGUAUCUUCAAGGAGUAGUGCCAUGUCACCGGGGCAUGAUCACAUGAAACAGCAGUUUAGUCAUGGUGGGUCACAGUCUCCUCGAGGAUCAGAACAUGGACCCCAUGAUGAUGGUCUCCUUCCUGCAGAGCUAUUUCAACCAGAGCUUGUUCACCCAGAUGCUGGUAAGGCUGUCCUCCAGCCUGAUGCUAUGGAAACACUACGUUUUCAGCCUACGCGGAACUGUCCUGCAACCCAACGUUUCCGUAAUCGAUCACCAAAUGAUUCUCCAAGAAAAUCCACAAAGAAGAAAGGAGCACCCCUUAAACCUGAACUGACUUGCACAGAAUGUGGAAGGCAGUUUGCCUUUCCAUUUGAAUUGCGAGAUCAUUUAGCAAGGCACAGAGAUGUACGACCUCAUGUUUGCUCUGAAUGUGGACACCAGUUUUUCAAGGAGCACCAUCUUAAACAACAUCAGUUGAUCCAUUCAGGUUUGAAGCCAUUUAGGUGUCACAUUUGCGACCGAGCCUUUGCUCUUAAGGCUAAUAUGCUUCGCCAUGCCAAACUCCAUAUUAACAACCGACAAUACAAAUGCCAAAUUUGUGACAAGUCUUUCUCGCAAAAGCAGACUCUCAGUAAUCAUAUGGUUGUCCACAAGGAUGAGAAACCAUUCUCCUGCAACAUUUGCGGCAAGAAGUUCAGUCGCAAGGUGAAUCUUGAUAGCCAUGUGUACCUCCAUUUUGGGAACAAACCUUUUAAAUGUACCAUUUGUGGCAGCAAGUACAACAACAAGGGAAAUCUAAAGAGGCAUGUUAAGAAUAAACAUGGUUUGGACGCUGACUUGCAGUCUGAUGGGGAAAAGGAGGAAAAUGAAAGUGGAGAGAUUGCUGAUGAUAGCCAGCAAAUUGAUGAGGCAGGGAGGGUGGGUCUUGAUACAAGUGAAGAGGUACCUGGUGAGGGAGAAGCAGAUAUGACUCAAGUAUCAAGCGAUGGCGAUGACAGUACUGAUGAACAGGUACCUACUACACAACCUAACUUCAAUGAAAAUCCACAGCCUCUAGCUGUCACACCUGGACAACAACCAUCUUAUGAUUCUACAAACCAGGAAGACUUCGAAGAGGAACCCACACAACCCUCAAAACGCCAGCAAACAUUUGAACAACCUCCUCAACCAAGCUCUACCCAACAGCAUUUUAGUGACCACCCACGUCCAGUGAGUCAGUCAAGUUAUGAGGAGCCUGAACGUCCUUUGAGCCAAAGACACUAUUCUGAAGCCGAAGAAGCCCCAACUCCGGCCCCUGCACCUUCACAACAAGACUAUGUGAACCGGGAACAUCCACGGAGACAAAGUUAUGGAGAGCAAGAGCAAACUCGUGCCCCAGAGAGCUAUGGGAACAGUGAAUACAUUCGGCAACCAAGUUAUCCAACUCAUGAGCGUCUCGCGAUCCCUGAGGCAUACAGAACUCCGGAGCAUGCUCACCCACAGCCUUCAUUUCCUGAUCAUGACCAAGCCAUUCAUCCUCGGAACUAUGUCAGUCGUGAGCCUCCACGUCAGCCCCUGGUCUAUACCGAUCACCACCGUCCCACAAAUCUGGAAAGCUAUGUGCCUCGCGAUCAAGUGGGUGGUCGGGAAAGUUACCCUCCAUACCAUACCCAAGCUGCCUAUCCAAGGCAUGCAUAUCAUCAUGUAGAGAGAUUCAAGAUUGAACAAGGGGAGGCCAUGGCACCACAGAAUCCCAUGUUAAUGCAUUCUAAUAUGGGACUACAAAUGUGAAUCACUGAAAGUGUAAGUAGACCUCAUGAAAAUAUGAAUGUAGACUUGAUGUUCAGAGUACUGAUCAUUGGAUGGAAGUUUGAAUCAAUUGCAAGAAAGUAAAGAGUCCUGAAAAAAAAUGUUAAUCCUGAAAGAUUUUAAUCUGUAAUUCUAUACUCCUCGAAUAUAAAACAUCUCUUUCAAAAACUCCAUUCAUUGACACAUUUGAAAUGUUUGUAAAGCGCAUUUGCUACUACAUAAGUGCUGAUAUGUUGAAAACAAGUUCAUGGCCUCCCUUUUACUGAUUUUCCCUUUAGUAAACUUCUUUUUCGUCAACUGAACACAUUUUGUGAAAUUGAAACAAGUUUUAUUUUUCAAUGUGCCCUCUCACAGCAUAACCAUGUACUUAACAAAAAUGUAAAUUUAGAACUUUUGUGAUUUUUUUCCCCUCAAAUGAGCAUGUAUAUGUACCUUAAAAGUAAAUACACUGGUCUCAUAUGAUUUUAUGUUCUCCAUCUUUGGUGUACAUUUCUGAACUAAAUUGAAAAUUUGAUGAAUUUGUAAUUCAUAACAUGUACAAGAACUACACUGUACAUGUAGUGUUAGUUACAGUAAUGGCUAAACCUGAUAAAAAGUAAAAUUUGUAGGGACUUGAAAGAUGCUGAAGUAUAUCUUAGAAUUCGUUACAUGACUGAUUACUAUUUACUAAUUAUGUUUAUUUGAAUAUAAUUGUACAAUUUCACACCAUUCAUGCUAGAUUUCAAUUCAUAUUAACAGUUUGUACAGUGUACAUAUACUGUACAUGUACAUGUAUGCAGAUGAUGUGAUAUUAAACAUGUACAGUAUGUACACGUAUGUAUAGGCUUGUAUCUACAGCAGUUUGAAAAUAUGCUUUGUAAAGAAAUUUUAAAUGUAAAUUUUAACAAUUACAUGUAGUAAAAAAAGAAUGUUGUAUAUGUUUGCAAAUUAUACAUAUGCUGUACUGUUAUAUUACAGUGUGCUGUUUUCCCUUCUUUGUGGUAGUGCUUAUGAAGAAUAAUAAACUACAGUAUGGAGAAUUAGAAUUUGUACAUGGACUCCAUAAAAUGGCAUUAUACAUGUACUGUAGUCUUUCAGAAAUAUGAUUGUACAUUGUAUAAUACUGAGACUAGAUCAUGUUUUACAUUAGCAUACAAUGUGAAACUUUCUGUUUUAGAGAUUCCUGACACAUGUAUGCAGACAAAAUGAUUAUUCCCAAUCAAUGGCUCUACCUGACCAACAUGAACACUGAAGUACCUUAUUAUCUAGUCUAGAAGACAGUUAUUAUUAGCCUACAUUAAAUGGCUUAACAAUUGUAGCCAAUUAUGUGCCCUUAUGGGUUACAGGUGCGCUCUUCAUCUUUGCACUAACAACUGCGGGGCAAAAAGCAUAAUUGCAUGCUGAAUUGGCCUAUGUUUUAAGCAAGUACAAACCCAGUCUGAGUGCAUUUAAAAAUGCACAAUUUAAUAUACUGUACACUUAGGAUAUUGGUGCCAAUGACAUUAUAGUGGGCACAGAUACAGUAUGCACGCAAUCUGUGUCUUUGCUACGCGAUGACUAUGAUCAUGUCUUAAAGAAAUUUAGGCCUUUGUUAUUGAUUGUGAUAUUGGAAAAUCAUUCAGAUUGUAGCCAUUAUUCUGCCAUGAAUUAUUCAUGUCAACCCAUUUUAUGAAAUAGACUAGGUAGAGGUUUGAUUUUAUGGCUAGAUGUAGGCAUCUCCACUAUUUCUAUUUACAAUGUUUUUUUUUGCAUCUACAUGUUAUUCCCUCUAGUGCGCUGUAUUGCCUCCAACACACACACACCUGUGCAUUAUUUGUAUUACGUACACGUACCUAUAGGCCUAUUUUUUAUUAGAUACAUUAAGAGAAUCAUGUAACCAAUUCUUGUUCACCUGAUUAUGAUGCUCUUAUCAAUUUGCACAUGUUUAGCCAGUUACAAAUUUCUGAUGCCCUUAAAAUCAUCCAUUUAUACUUUAUGUUUUCAUCCACAAAUGAGAAUCACAUAUUUUUUGCAUUGGAGGAGAUGUCCAACACUUCCCCAGGUCUAUUUCAACUGACUCGUUAGCUUAUUCCAGAAUGAAUUUCUUUGAUCAUGAUGGGUGGAGCAUGGUAAUACAUUGGCAAUUACAGGAAACUUUAAGAAUAUGUGUGUAGCUGACAUAGCAAUAUCGGAUUUAUGAAAAAUUAUUUGAAUGGCUGAAAAUAAUUGAAACAUCUGAAUGAAAUACCUUGUUCUGAGGUUAUACAACAGGAACUGCAUCUACUGUAUAGGGUAAUGUUGUGUAAUCAACAAAAUUUGUUAUUAAAAGCUGUCAUGAGAGUGAAGAUACAUGUACAUGUAUUUCAUGAAGAUAUUGUUCACUAAACUCUAGCUCAUUUACUAAGCUCCUAGAUGAUCAUGAUCUGAUUUGAAAAAAAAAAUUAAUCUUAUGCUUACAAAUCAUUGUCUUUAUGAUCUGAUAUUGAUUUAUGAAUUUCAAAUGUCUUUUUUUUUCUCUUAUGAAUGAAUGCCCUAUCAGUUAACUUAUGCUAUUUGUCUUGAAUGCAAGGUGAGAGUCAUUUUUGUCUCACCUGCAUAGCAGAGUGAGACUAUAGGCGCCGCUUUUCCGACGGCGACGGUGGCGUCAACACCAAAUCUUAACCGAAGGUUAAGCUUUUGAAAUGAAAGCAUAACUUAGAAAGUAUAUAGACCUAGUUCAUGGAACUUGGCCAUAAGGUUAAUCAAGUAUUACUGAACAUCCUGCCCGAGUUUCAGGUCACAUGACCAAGGUCAAAGGUCAUUUAGGGUCAAUGAACUUAGACCAUGUUGGGGGAAUCAGCAUCAAAAUCUUAACCUAAGGUUAAGUUUUUGUCUCACCUGCAUAGCAGAGUGAGACUAUAGGCGCCGCUUUUCCGACGGCGGCGGCGACGGCGGCGGCGGCGGCGGCGUCAACACCAAAUCUUAACCUGAGGUUAAGUUUUUGAAAUGACAGCAUAACUUAGAAAGUAUAUGGACCUAGUUCAUGAAACUUGGCCAUAAGGUUAAUCAAGUAUUACUAAACAUCCUGCCUGAGUUUCAUGUCACAUGACCAAGGUCAAAGGUCAUUUAGGGUCAAUGAACUUAGACCAUGUUGGGGGAAUCAACAUCAAAAUCUUAACCUAAGGUUAAGUUUUUGAAAUGUCAUCAUAACUUAGAAAAUAUAUGGACCUAGUUCAUGAAACUUAUACAUAAGGUUAAUCAAGUAUCACUGAACAUCCUGCAUGAGUUUCACGUCACAUGACCAAGGUCAAAGGUCAUUUAGGGUCAAUGAACUUUGGCCGAAUUGGGGGUAUCUGUUGAAUUACCAUCAUAACUUUGAAAGUUUAUGGAUCUGAUUCAUGAAACUUGGACAUAAUAGUAAUCAAGUAUUACUGAACAUCCUGUGCAAGUUUCAGGUCACAUGAUCAAGGUCAAAGGUCAUUUAGGGUCAAUGAACUUUGGCCAAAUUGGGGUAUUUGUUGAAUUACAGCCAUAAAUUUAAAAGUGUGUUGGUCUAGUUCAUAAAACUUGGACAUAAUAGUAAUCAAGUAUCACUCAACAUCCUGUGCGAGUUUCAGGUCACAUGAUCAAGGUCAAAGGUCAUGUAAGGUCAAAGAACUUUGGCCACGUUGGGGGUAUUUGUUGAAUUGCCAUCAUAUCUCUAUAAGUGUAUUGGUCUAGUUCAUAAAACGUGGAAAUAAGAGUAACCAAGUAUCACUGAACAUCUUGUGCGAGUUAUAGUAGUUUUCAAAAUCAGCACUGCUGCUAUAUUGAAUCGCGUGAUGCAGGUGAGACGGCCAGAGGCAUUCCACUUGUUGAAAUGUCAUCAUAACUUAGUAAAUAUAUGGACCUAGUUCAUAAAACUUGGACGUAAGGUUGAUCAAGUAUUACUGAACAUCCUGCCUGAGUUUCACGUCACAUGACCAAGGUCAAAGGUCAUUUCGGGUCAAUGAACUUUGGCCGAAUUGGGGGUAUCUGUUGACUUACCAUCAUAACUUUGAAAGUUUAUGGAUCUUAUUCAUGAAACUUGGACAUAAGAGUAAUCAAGUAUCACUGAACAUCCUGUGCAAGUUUCAGGUCACAUGAUUAAGGUCAAAGGUCAUUUAAGGUCAAUGAACUUUGGCCAAAUUGGGGGUAUUUGUUGAAUUACCAUCAUAACUUUGAAACUUUAUUGGUCUAGUUCAUAAAACUUGGACAUAAGAGUAAUAAAGUAUCACUGAACAUCCUGUGCGCAUUUCAGGUCACAUGACCAAGAUCAAAGGUCAAUGAACUUUGGCCAUAAUGGGGGUAUCUGUUGAAUUACCAUCAUAACUUCGAAAGUUUAUGGAUCUGAUCAUGAAACUUGGACAUAAGAGUAAUCAAAUAUCACUGAACAUCCUUUGUGAGUUUCAUGUCACAUGAUCAAGGUCAAAGGUCAUGUAAGGUCAAUGAACUUUGGCCAAGUUGGGGGUAUUUGUUGAAUUACCAUCAUAACUUUGAAAGUUUAUUGGUCUACUUCAUAAAACUUGGACAUAUAAGAGUAAUCAAGUAUCACUGAACAUCCUUUGCGAAUUCAGGUCACAUGACCAACGUCAAAGGUCAAUGAACUUUGGCAAUAUGGGGGGUAUCUGUUGAAUUACCAUAAUAACUUUGAAAGUUUAUGGAUCUGAUUCAUGAAACUUGGACAUAAGAGUAAUCAAGAUCCCGUAAAAGUUUCAGGUCACAUGACCAAUGUCAAAGGUCAUUUAAGUUCAUUGAACUUUGGCCAUUUUAGAGGUAAUCAUUAGAUUGCUGUCAUAAAUUUCAAAGUUUAUAGAUACAGUGUAUAAAAUGUGGAUAUAGGGGUAAUCAAGUAUCACUGACAAGUUUUAGGUCACAUGAUCAAGGUCAAAUGUCAAUGAACAUAGUAGAUUGCGAGACAAAUGAAUACCCUCUAGCGAUUAUUUCGGUCCGCAAUAAUGAACCUAUUAAGUAUUAGAACAUAGUAUUGUAUCAUUAUAUGAAUGGAGUUUUUUGUGAAUAAUUAUUUUAUAGUAGUUUUCAAAGUCAGCACUGCUACUAUAUUGAAUCGCGUGAUGCAGGUGAGACCGCCAGAGGCAUUCCAUUUGUUCACUUAAUAUUUCUUGUGUACUUGUAAGUAGGAAUAAUAGCGUAAUGAGUUAACACGCCCCUUUUAGUCACAUUUGUCAAAUUAACACAAUUUUGUCAAACCAAUGCCUCUUAAAAUAUAUUUGAUAUUUAUCAGUUAUGUAUACAUUGUUUUUCCGCUGACUGCCUUGCUAACAAUCAUACACAAUUUGUUAGUUUCAUACCACAUGCAUUGUACAUGUGCGGAAGUUAAUAUGUUGACAUUGAUCACUCAUACGUGUUCAUUUUGAGAGAUUGGUUGACCAAAGCGUAUUGAACACCUCACAGUACAUUAAUCAGGGUGUUUCUUUUCAAAGUGAUCACAAACCUCCUCUAUACUCUACAAUUUUCCUGGGAUCCCACUGCUCAUUCUAAUUGUUAUUCUUACAUGUGCUUGUGAUUCUUUGUUCAGUAAAAUAUUUUUUUUGUUUUUCAAUUCACGGCCCAUGCUACCUGUAUUUUGUAGGUCGUAGGAAAAAUUGUUUGACCCAGUAGGCCUUAACAAUCUUUGACCAGACUUUGCUUUACAAGUCAAAUACCGUAUUCUAAACAUUGAAAAAAUAAAAUCAUAUUGAACUGCAUUGUACAUCGAAGACGAAGGCUCCAAACUGGCAUUUCAAUUAUACUGUACAUCACAGAAAAAUUGCUGGCAUAAUAUUGUGUUCUUAUUUCUUUUAACAUGGUAAUCAACUCAAGAGUGACUAAUUGGAAUGCCUUGUAAUACCCAUUUGCAAAGAAAAUUAUCAGGUUUAUUUUUAAAGUGCCAAAAACCUCUAUUUACAUGUAUUACCUUAUAGAUAGUAUUAUUUUUCUGACCAGUAGCCUCAAUAUUUGAUUGCUAGGUUUCCUGCAUUCAUUCUAAUCAGGUUAAUUAAUCGCUUUCCUCUCUGGUAAAAAGAUGAACAACUCAGAAUAUAUCUACUUGUUGUUUCUUUUGUAACAAAAUUUUACUCUGAUUUUUAGUGUUUAAUUAUUUACUAUUUAUGAACUAACAGCUUGUAACAAGGGUAAUAGUAAUAUACUGUGGACUAGUUAUCACACACAAAAUUAAUGGUAUCCGAGUAUUUUGCUACGGUAUAGUAUCUGGUUUACCUCAAUAUUUUAAUUGGAUUAGAAAACAAAGAAAUACAUGUAAGAUGUAUGCAAGAUUACUUACACGUUUUUCUUUAUGUACACGGACCUGGUAUCCCAUCGCAAUUCUAUCGACAUUUUUUAUGCCUGUUACACAAAACAUCCUCUGUAUGGCAUGAUUUGACAUAGGACCGUGCAUAACAUAGUUGAAAACUUUACUGUAACAACCAGGGGAGCAUUUUAUUAACAUUUUCAUCCUACAAAAUUGUCAGAUAUGACAAAUUUUGCUUGAUUUUGAUUGGCUGAAAAACAUUGUUACUAUGGAAACUGUUGGAUAGAAAAAUAAAGGACUCGUCAGAUUAAAUACAUGUAUCUGACAAGUCCUUUCGUGAAACACCCAUGAAAUUCCUAAUCAGAAAUACCUAAUCAAAUUUGAGAAGUAAAAUGAUUCCCUGGUGUAAAGGUUUAUUUGAACAAUGUUUUUGUUUCUGUUGUAUUAGUAUUGAAUAAAAACAAUACAUGUACAACCCCUAACUACUCCUUAAGGAGCAUCAAUUGAUGGAUUGCUGUGUUUCUCUAGAAAACCAGUGAUUCAUCAGUCAGAACAGGGGGUCAUACUGUACCUUCCUGAUCAGUAUCUGCAUUCUCAUGUGUUGUGUUACAUUAUUUACCAUUGAUCUUUAGGCAUACAACUUGCUGUUCUUGGCCUCCUAAGGUUAACAAGAAUUAAGAGCGAUUGAAGAUAUCAGAUAGCUUUGUUUAAAUUUAUAAUUUAUUUGAAUGUUAAAAAGCUAAUGUAGAAUUGUAUAUUUUUUUUCCACAAGUAUGAAUAACGUUCAGUUGACUAUGCAAUAUAAUCGGAUACUGACAUUCACAUUUUUAUGAAAUCAAGAAGCACAUGUAGGUACCUCAAAUUGUUUUCUAAUGGAGUACAGAAUACAAAGAGAAGAAGAAAUUUAUUUCAAAUUAUUCUUCCAAACCAGAGCCCAGGCUCAUUAACUUGUUAUCAACAGAUUUGCACAUUUUUGCCAGAUUUUGUAUCGGGCAUUCAAAUGAUGAACAAGGACAGGUGCAGGUAAAUGCAUUUAAAACAAAAAGAGCAGCAUCUCCUCUUUUGGUUAAUACAAUUUUAAACCCAUUUUACCAGAUAAAGUAAAACAAAAUUGUAUGUAUGAUAGAAAUUAUUUGUUUAGAUGUUCAGAAGGCCCUUGAGACAUGGCCCUGUGAAGGUGGGGUGCUUUUCUGAUGAAUUACCACAAGGCUUUUUUUUACAAAAUUAUCACACAGGAACAGCCAACAGUCACAUAAUCCUUUUUGUGACAAUCGCUUUCAUUCUGGAGUGAAGACCCCCUUUUUUGUUUCUUAAUUUUUUAUGAACAUUGAUGCCCCCCAUUAGGAAAAUUACAAUACCAGCACCCCCUGAUAUAAACAAAUAAAUUGUUCCCAGGACCCACAGAGGUCCCACUCUAUAAACACUGACCCAAUUAUUGAAUACCCCAUGUUAUAUGAGCUUGUUCAAAGACAUUGACUAGUGAAGGUUUUUCAGAAAUGUUGCCAAGGCUACUUCUGACAAUUGUAGCAUUUAACUUUUUGGUCAUGUGAAUAAUAUGAGUAGGUAUCUGAUGUGAUUUUCUUAAGGGAGAAUGGUCCCUCUAAAGAGUGCUUUUCAUUUGAUAUCGGGUAUGGGGAGGGGGGCGGGAAGUAAUAUUUUUUUCCUGUAAUAUCAGGUUGAUAUUGUUUUAUACAUAGAAGCUCAUCAUUGGCUUUAAAUUGGGCUGUAAAGUAAAAGCUCAAGCCUAUAUUUUGUUUUUCAUUAUUAUUUCUAAUUGCCUUUGUCAGAGACUGAGAGGUACUGUUUUGAACAAAUUGCCAAGUUGUGAAAUUAAUUUGCUAUUAAAUCUUAAUGUGUAAUGUAUAUUUGUCAGUUCAACUAACUGUAUUAAUAAAAUAUUUGAAUAGAUACCAUUUUGUUGGUCAAUAUUUCAAUCGCAUGCAGUGGUAAUGGAUGUAAUAGAAAUCUCUGUAGAUCCUCAUGAUUCCCUGGUGGAACAUUUGUGAUUAGGGCAGGGAAGAAAAAUUACACGUGGGCUUGGGGCGGCUUAGCCCCCCCCCCCAAAAAAAAAAAUGCUCAAAAGAUCCCUGAAAAAUCCCCAUUCAUCGCAAUGUUAAAGCUUAUCUAAUGUUGCAAAUUUAGGCAGUAAGUUGUGAAAAAGUAGCCCCCCCCAAAAUGAAAAAUAAUGUUUGCGUUGAUUGGGGCUAUACCAUCUUGUGUGAGAGCUGAGUUUGGUUGGUAUGUGGCAAAUACAAGAGUACAUGCAUUUUCCAUCUUUAUACUUGCCAGCUGUCCCUUUCAAAAGGGGAAGAUCACUGCAACAAAAAGUUGGUUUGGAUAAAAAGGAAAAAAAAAAAAAAUCAAAAUUGGAUGUAAAGUAUUAUGAAAGUUAUGAAAUUCAAAAGUUUUGCUUGAUUUCACAAGACAGUUAAUGAGGGAGCCAAUGAUGCCAUGUACACCAUGAUUGCUUUUGUAUUUUAUAAUAUGAAUUAUAAAAUAUCUUACUUUUUUCCUCUUUAUUAUAUGAAAUGUAGUUUAAUUCCUCCUUGAAUUGUAGGAAUGUGUUUCAUCAAAGGCUAUCUCAUUUGCAUAUCACUGUGAUGUGAUGUUUUGUGAAAAAAUGAGAAAAAAAGCAUUCGUAAACUUUCUUAUUUUACAUCUCAUUUAAUAAAAUGUUCAGCACUAUGCUUAUUUAAUUUUCUCUAUUUAUUCCAAUAUGUUUUUUUGUUGCAGAAAAAGGGCAAUUUUAACCUUCACAGCUCUCUAUCCAUAUUUUUGUGAAAAAAUAUCCAUAGUACUUUGUAUAAAAUUGAGCAAUUUUUACAUGUUCUGUUUCCAUUUUCCCAAUUUAUGACUGGCAGUGUUGGCAAGUAUACAUCUCGUUAUUGCAUACAUACAUCUGCAUGCUAUGAUUAAGAAAUUUGUCCUAAUAUUUGGCCGAGGAAUUGUAAUUAUGUGGGACGAAUUUAUAUUCAAGAAUAAUGAAGGCUACUGAAUUGCGGAAGCAGUGCUGCCCUUCCAUAUGUAAUACGUAUUCCUCAUUAUGCUUCCUGCCAUAUACCACUGUAGUCUGUAUUAUAAUCAGCCCAUCUAUCCAUCAUCGACUCUCAUUUCCUCCUCACAAGCUUCCUUCUUCCUCCUUCAUGUCUCCUUGUAAUACAUUAGUCUGCACCUUCCAGACCUUUUGCUCAACCGUGUUUCUGCUGCUUGCCUUGCAGUAUCUAUAUGGAUUGGGCCUUGAUAAAGUUAUUUCAUUUUUCAUAAUUCAGUUUAAUUAUAUUUUAGCAUGGUAAUCCAUUCAACAAAUUGACCCCUCAUGGUGCCCUGAA